GAUGUGAGUUUGGGAGUUGGAUUUAGGUAACCUAACUUGGUCUUAUGUAAUAAAUACCGAUUUCUAACUUUACCGACUUCUAUUGUCUGCAUUUGCCUACACCGCGCGCCGACCAGCUUCCGUUACUCCUGCAAAAACAUACAUAUACACACAGGUUCAAAUAUAGUAACCGCUGCUUUAGUUUUCUUAAUUUUGUUUUUAUAUAUAUGACAGCUCUAACGUUGGUGUAAUGCUUAUCCUUUCAUAGCUUUGCAUACUGCCACACAAAUGAUGUUAAAUUAGAAGAAUUUCCCUGAAGUUGGAUGGAAAUUGAAGUGGUUCUAAUGUAGGUGGCUUUGUUCAGCAUUUUGACAUCUAUUGGAAACAAGACAAUGGGGUCGAAACUGUUUGUCCCUGCAUUCUUAUCCCUAGCUGUAGCCCAAAGCAAAAGACAUAAUCGUAUUAAAUUUACCGAGUAGCCCCACAAACAAACAAUAUAAUGUAAGCGUUACAUAUUGUAACAAUUCCAUCUCUCCACUGCCUCAACAAUCUUGUGCUAUUAAUUGAGUUCCGAAAGGCAGUUCUAUCACAAACCAAUUAACCUUUGGGAAACACCAUUGCGGCUGUGAAAUUUAAGUUUAAGGUUGAAAAUGGAGAUGAAGGGAAAUCAUGGUUCUGGAAACUCUACCACAUGCAAUGUUGACAUCCAAGAAACUCUGGGAGAUAAGAUCAUGAUGUUCUCAUCUGAUCAGGUUAUGGUUCUUGAGCAAUUCUUUGCGGUGAAUCAGGUGCCAAGUCAUGUGAUGCGGCUUGCAAUGAUUCAUGAGAAUUCUGUGCUGUCUAACCUCGACUCUCAACAAAUCGAGGCUUGGUUUGAAAACCGCAGAACCCUUGAGAACAGUAAAAUGAUUGCGAUGAGGCAGCUACUGAUGUUGGAGAAAAGCUUCCUUAAUGACACUGUGGAACAACUGUCAAGGCAGAGGCUAUAUUUGUUCAGGAUGCUGCGUUUUGCUUCUACUGAGACUUAUCCGGCUCCAGGAGCUCCAAGAUCUGUUUCUGAAAAUCUGAUGGUGGAAGCACGGAGGGAGCUGCUGCUGUUAGAAAAUGAAUUACUGCACGGAGAGGUGCAACAAUUGAAUAGGGGGAAUGGAUACAUUCAAAGCCUACUCGAAAAUGUGGAUAUAAUUUUAAAAAGUGAAGUUCCGGUCAACUCUGAUCCAUAUUUGUUCGCGAAGUUUAUCAAGGGGUUGCUCUGGUUUUCUGAUACCAUGACGGAGUUUCCUCCCCGAACUUCAAUUGCUUGUGACUGGGUCCAGAUCCCAAGGAUGAAGUUUUUGGAAGGAACCAGUGAGAUUUUUGUCAAGACCAGCUUAGAUUGGACUUAUUUUCCGGUCAAUGGCAUCAUUGUUGAUGCAUCUGUCAUGCUAUCAUUUGUGAAGGCCGCAAUGAUACCAGAUGGAACUCUUAAUCCUUUCCUGCGUCAGCAUCAGGAGUUCGUUGUAUUCUGCUCGGUCAAGGACAUCAAGCUGGAUCAGAUAUUUUUCAAGGAUGGGGAGAAAUCAUCUACUGCCAUUGUCCCUGCCCUCCUGCCGCUGGAAAUUAAGUUGAAGCAGACAUCUUUGAAGGAAGAAGACAUGCUGACUGCUGCUGCCUCUUCUUUUCUGCCGCAGGACAUCAAGCUAGAGAAGAUAGCUUUCAAGGAUCGCGAAGAGUCGCUGACUGCUGUUUCUUCAGCCUUUCUGCCUCAGCGCUUUGGUGUUGCGAUGGGUCGCUACUGUGUGUUAGGGACAUGGCGCUACGUACCAAACGGACCAGCUGCUUCUGGGGAAGUCAAGUUCAUGCUUCGCUUCAAGUUCAUAAACUAGUCAUCUGUAUUAGUGUUCUAUGUUACUGUGAACCUCCGACUGUUCUGAGUACUAUGUUUAUGUUUACCUGCGACUGUUUGUUGUGCCUGAGAGGCUGUACUCUCUAGUUUUAGCUGCUGGAUGCAGCUAUAAUAAUGACUUUCGGCACCUAUAUCUCCUGUUAUUUUUGGUUAUGUUGUUCUUCUCGUA